AUGUAUGAGAAUGCUCAUGCGCCCGUCGUGGUAAUGGGACAUAGAGAUACAGGUGUGGGCGAGGUGGAACUUGGAUGUCUAGUCAGAAGGCGCCCGCGUCCGCACCAUCAGCUGGUACCCUCAACAAACAACACCGAUCACUCUAACGGCUGCAACAGGAAUGUCACCAUAACGACCACCGUCUUGUCUCCGGGCUUCCUGCUCUCUGUGGCUCAAAUCCACAACGUGAAUACUUCGGACUAUGGCUACUACCACUGUCGCGCCGUCAACAUGCAGGGGACAACUCGAGGGUUCAUAAUGCUGCACGAUGGCACUGGGCAGCUGAAUGCAGAGCAACUGAGGAAAAUACACAAGGAGGCGUACGUGACCCCAGUGGAAAACCCACGCCUCGCCUCCUUCAUGCUAGGGAUGGUGCCGCCCCUCUACAUCGCCCUCUACAUCAUAGCCUACCUCGGCUGCUACAAGACCUCAGUGUCGGGCGUCCCAGGGGCCCACGGCAGGUUCGGAGCCAGCUACGACGUGGAGUGAAGAGGCAAACGGCUAGACCCAAAAACGAUUUUAUCGGAUUUGGCGAUUGUGUGUGUGAUCUGUGGGAGCAUUUUGAGCCUAAAAAUGCUUGUUCUUCAGCAGACAAACUUUCGAGAAGGAAAAUGGUGUUUGAGUUGUGUACUCCUGGUGAUGCAAAGAUGCUAUAAAGUGAUACGUGUGUUCCAAAACUGCGCAGAAACACUGAUGAAGAACCGUUUUCCGAGGAAAUUAAUUCCUUAAAAAAGGUUUAAGGUGUUCCGCUCUGUUACCUUGCGAGUUACAAAAGAACUAUGGAAGAUAUUUACAGGGAUUCAUAGUAUAUGCUAAUUCACAAACAAUGUUUUCAAAUAAAGUGAAGUCUUAGAUGUCUCUGUCUCUCUCUGUGCGUGUGUGUGUGUGUGUGUGUGUGUGUGUGUGUGUGUGUGUGUGUGUGUGUGUGUGUGUGUGUGUGUGUGUGUGUGUGUGUGUGUGUGUGUGUGUGUGUGUGUGUGUGAUCUGACCCUUUGUCAACAAAGGUUGUUGGCAUUUUGCUGAAUAAUCUCAAUAACUUUGACAUGCAUUUCACCCUCAUAUUUUCUCUCAUUCCAGUCUCAAAGACGUGUUAUAUGUGUAAGUUGUAUAAUAAU